AUGGGGACAAAGGUGCAUCAGUUGAUGGCAGUGAGAGGGGAGAAGACAAAGGCGCAGCAGUUGAUGGCAGUGAGAGGGGAAGAAGACGACGAUGAAGAAGACGAGGAUGGUUAUGGUGAUGAUAAAGGGGGAUCCAAUGGAGGCAUCGACAGCUGCGAUGAUGAUGAUGAUGACAACGCCCCUGGUUCUGGUGGUACAGGCGGCAACACAUCCAGGAGGACUAGCACUUCUGCCACCCCUGCCAGCAGCAGCAAUUCAUUGAGUAGCAGGAGCACACUACAGAUGUUGAUUGACAAAACUUGCUGGAAAGACAAGGAUUUGCCGAAGUCAAAGAAAAAUGACGAAGCAGAGUCUCAGGGCAGCAUUGAUAUGUUCAAGCUCUGCAACUUGAAGCCAGCUUUGCCAACCACCUUUCCCGUGCCAGAUUUUACCGACCAAGAUAUGUGUGAGAAGAUCAACUUUGCCAUUGACAAGAGCCUGUUCUUAUCAAGUGAUGCUGAAAAGAAUCAAAUUGACAUGGAGGAAGCAGGAAAGGGUCUUGACUGGGUUCAUUCAAUGAAAAAAUACAAGGAAUAUUUGAAGCAGCUUCCAGACCUAAGCUCCAACAAGAGCAAGGCAGCAUCCAUGGCAAACCCUCACGUGGUCCAGAAGCGUAAAGCAAUUUCAAUGAAGAAGAAUCUGCAGUUGCCUCAAACCAAGGAGAAGAUGGUGAGUGCAGAUGCUGAAGUAAAUAUGGUCAAGGAAGCUGUGCUUCAAACUGAUAUGCCAACUGUAGUGAGCAGAGAGCCAACCACCAUCACAGGAGUUCAACAGAUCAAGGGGAAGAAUCCCCUUUCAACAGUCCCACCAAAACCACCUAAGCAGCAAAAGAUUGUCAAGUUUGCCAGGGGCACAAAGGGGGAACAUGCCACAAAAGGUUUGGGGUUCAGAGACGAGAGAGAAUUGCGUGCCGCAGCCAUUGAUGCAGGGGUGCCAAGUUCUGCUAGAUUGCUGCCAACUCAGACUGGAAAGAUGCCAACUACAGAUACCAGUGUGCCAACUGAUGUGUCAGUUAGCAGCGUGGUCACAGUCAAAACCACCACAGCUGCUCAGGAAGGCACCACUACAACUGUAAGCCCCAAGGUGCCUACUCAUAGAGAUGCUUCAAUGCCAAACACAAAAGGAGGUGAUCCUACUACCAAAGUGCCGUCCCCAAGAGCUAGCACAUAG